UUCCCUGGACUGAUCAUCAGUGAGUUGCCAGAAAUUCGGAGUGGGGAGACGUCUAAUUUUCAUCUGAACUUUCGAAAUUAGCUUGUAUAAUGCAUGGUCUUGGGAUGCAACCGCGUCUUGGAGGAGCUGCAAUCCCGCCUCCCCAAGCCCCUUCCUCCAUCCCUCCCAUGGCACCGGUGGAGAGAGAGAAGAUCUACCAGUGGAUUGUGGAGCUAGCUAGUCCAGAUACAAGGGAAAAUGCACUACACGAAUUAAGUAAAAAGCGUGAGGUGGUUCCAGACCUGGCCCCCAUGCUGUGGCACUCCUUCGGUACAGUGGCUGCACUGCUACAAGAGAUCGUCAACAUCUAUCCAUACAUCAACCCACCAGCUCUCACAGCUCACCAGUCCAAUCGAGUGUGCAAUGCCCUGGCUCUGUUACAAUGCAUAGCAUCACAUCCAGAAACGAGAUCAGCAUUCUUACAAGCUCACAUCCCUUUGUUCCUCUACCCCUUCCUACACACCGUCAGCAAGACACGCCCAUUCGAGUACCUUCGUCUCACGAGUCUUGGUGUCAUAGGUGCUCUUGUCAAGACUGAUGAACAGGAGGUAAUCAAUUUCUUACUGACGACAGAGAUUAUCCCCCUAUGUCUCAGGAUUAUGGAGAGUGGCAGUGAACUUUCAAAAACUGUUGCUACCUUCAUACUUCAGAAGAUUCUUCUUGAUGAAACGGGUCUGUCCUACAUCUGUCAGACGUAUGAAAGAUUCUCCCACGUAGCGAUGAUACUAGGCAAGAUGGUGAUAGCACUGGCGAAAGAACCGUCAGCUAGACUCUUGAAGCAUGUAGUUAGAUGCUACCUCAGACUUUCAGAUAACCAAAGAGCCCGCGGUGCACUCCGGCAGUGCCUACCGGACCAGCUCAAGGACAACAGCUUCAUGGCCGUCCUCAAGGACGACGGCUCCACCAAACGCUGGCUGGCCCAGCUCAUCAAGAACCUCACCGAGACCAGCGCCAUGGACCCUCGGGGAAUCCCCAUGCCGCCACAAUGACAGUCGGCCGACCAACAAGCCUAGCUUGCUUGGUCACAUAAAAUGAAGAGUCGUGGAAGGAGCAGUAUUUGUUGUGUUUUUGUCUUGUCCCCCCUGCUUUUCUAUCUUCUCUUUUUUUCUCUAUUUUGACAUGCAUUGUUUUCACUCUUUGUCCAAUAGUUCUGCAUGCACAAAAAGCCACCCCUCAUUCUAACAAAAAUUAAGGUUAAUAUUGGGUUUGGUAAAAUGAAGUAAUCAAUAGUUUGCCACUUUACAAAAUAUAUUUUCGAUGUGUUUAAAAGAAUAUAUUUCUUGCU